CGCCCCGUCCCGCCCCGCCCGCCCCGCCUGCCCGGAGCGCUGCGCUCGGAGCGCGGAGAGCAGGUGGCCGCGGCUCCGCUCUGCCCCGCAGGAAUGAAGCGGCCGCUGAGCCCGUCUCCCCCUGCCGAGAAGGAGCCCCCCGUAUCUGGAGCGGCCGAGUGCCCCCCUCAGCCCCCAGAACCGCCCAAGCCCAAGCGUGAGAGGAAGCGGCCGUCGUUCACGCUCUGCGACGUCUGCAACAUCCAGCUGAACUCGGCGGCCCAGGCCCAGGUGCACUGCGAGGGGCGGGCCCACCAGAGGCGGCUGCGGCAGCUCAGCCUGGGAAAGGCCCCCGCAGGGCCAGCAGGCCCGGCAUCCAGCACCCCCAGCCCCCUGCUGGCCUCCCUGCCCCUGGCUGCCAGGCCCCUGCAGCCCCCGCUGGACUUCAAGCACUUGCUCGCCUUCCACUUCAAUGGCGCUGCCCCGCUCAGUCUCUUCCCCAACUUCAGCACGAUGGACCCGGUCCAGAAAGCUGUCAUCAGCCACACCUUCGGGGUCCCCUCCCCUCUGAAGAAGAAGCUCUUCAUUUCCUGUAACAUCUGUCACCUGAGGUUCAACUCUGCGAACCAGGCCGAAGCGCAUUAUAAAGGCCACAAACACGCCAGGAAACUCAAGGCGAUUGAAGCCGCCAAGAGCAAGCAGAAGCCCCAAACCCUGGCCCAGGAUGGGACGCUGGUGUCCCCGCCCCCGGCCGUGGCCAGCGGAGGCCCCGAAGAGCCGCAGCGUAAAGCCGUUCCUGCAGACCCUCCUCCGGGGCCCCCGCUCCGGCCGCCACGGACGCCCGACCCGAUGGCGGGGGGGCCCGCCCGCGCAGACCUCUUGGACGCCGCCUCCUCUUCCUCCGCUUCCUCCUGCCCGCCCUGCUCCCCCGAGCCCGGGACCGAGGCCCCGGGGCCCGAGCCGGCGGCGGCGGCGGCGGCGGGAAGCGGCGUGAGUGGGGAAGGCCGGGGUGAGAAGGGGCGCCUCUACUGCCCCACCUGUAAGGUGACGGUGAACUCCGCCUCCCAGCUUCAGGCUCACAACACGGGAGCCAAGCACCGGUGGAUGGUGGAAGGCCAGCGAGGGGCUCCCCGAAGGGGCCGGGGCCGCCCGGUGCCCCGGGGAGGAGCUGGACACAAAGCCGUGAGAGUGGCCGGGGGCCGGCGGGGCCGGCAGGGGCCCAGCCCCCCUUUCCACUGUGCUGUCUGCCAGCUCCAGGUCAACUCAGAGACCCAGCUCAAGCAGCACCUGAGCAGCAGGAGGCACAAAGACCGCCUGGCCGGGAAGCCCCCCAAGCCCUCCAGCCAGCACAGCAAGCUGCAGAAGCACGCUGCGCUGGCUGUGAGUAUCCUCAAGUCUAAGCUGGCCUUGCAGAAGCAACUCACCAAGACGCUGGCAGCCCGCUUCCUGCCCAGCCCGAUCCCCACCGCAGCUGCGGCCAUCUGUGCCCUGCCCGGGCCCCUGGCCCUCCGGCCGGCCCCCGCCACGGCCACCACCCUCUUCCCGGCUCCCAUCCUGGGCCCGGCUCUGUUCCGCGCCCCAGCGAGAGCGGUCCGCCCCGCCACGGGACCCAUCCUCUUUGCCCCCUAUUAGCCCUUCGAGGGGGGCCAGGGCCGCCUUCGCAGCGGUCCCUUUCCCCAUCUGCCCCUCCCCGGGACGCCUCUGUUCCUACAUCCCACGGGGGAGGGGUUCCUGGCCAACCCAGGAAGAGCUGGGCUGGUUGGAAGGGCAGGUGCCCUUCACUCCAUCUGACUGGGGAUUCAGCUAUCACCCCCUGGCCCCAGGGCCAUGCCCACCCUCAGCCCCCCAGCCUUCUAGUCCUGGGCUCCCCGCACUUCCAGCCCCAUUGACCGGGAGCAAACGGAGAAAUCCCCAAGAUCUAUGCAAAACCCCAGCCCCACGGUGCUCUCAUACCCCUCUCAAGACCUACACCCACAUGGCCGAAGGCCCUAGAAAUCCCAAGUCUGUGACCGGCCCCUCCCCCCGUGCUCAGGGACGGCUUCUCUGGAGGAGGACACGGUGAGGGGCGGGCUCUCAGCCGGACUGGGUUCUGGGCAAUCUGGACACGAUGGCCAUGGGGGCGCGGUGGGAGGCUGGAGGAGGAAGGCAGCCGUGCUGGGGAGGGGCGGGGGCGGGGGGGGCACAGCCAUGGUGCUGGAAGCUUUCAGGGUCCUCCCAAAGGGAUGGGGCUGGGACAGGGGUGGUGGUGAUGCCCUGGCUGGGCCCUUUUAACAGAGGAAGUGACCAGUCCCCUUAGCCUUUUACCCAUUUCUCCUGAACCCCCAGCUUUGGGGAGGGGGACCCUGGGGGUCUCCCUCAGACUAUGGACCCGGCUAACACUGAGUCCCCCCGGGCCUCCCACACAGAGAGCUUUCUCCCCUCGCUAUCCAACCCCAACGGGUCCCUCGCACAAGUCAGCUCUCCCUCCUCCCAACCAACAGCACCCCAAGCCUCCCUCACUGUGAAGCUGAGUUGGGAUCCAGCCUGAUAACCACAGACCCGUGUCCAUGCUAACGCCACAACCUCCAUCCUAUCCCAGUACUGCCCAACCCCCUCACCCCACAAUACGGGACUUUGCCAGUAUCCACCUGUAUCUUUAAAAAAAAAAAGAAGAAAAAAAAAAAAGAUAUUUCCAAUGGGACAAUAAGGGGCGAAUGGGAGGGAAAAAACUUUUUGAUAACAGUUGUGGUUUUAUUGUGUCCAAUGCAUCAAUAAAUGAACUUUAAGCCCGA